CGAGGACAGUGUCUACAAUUUCAGAUCCAAUGCUACGCCUGUCAGCCAAGUGGGAUAGUUAAGGGCAGCAUUGCGACUUCUGCCUGCUUUGUGGGCAUGCCCAUAUAGGCCAUGCCAGGUGGUUAUGUGUUCCAGUUCCAGAAUUAACCGAAUUCCAAUCACUGCUGCUUCGACACCGCAAACCAGUUAAAUGGACAAGGGCAAGAAAUCGAUGGAGGUGCUGGUGAGCGAGCUGUCCGCCCUGCUGAAGCUGCUGGACCAGGAGACGCUCAGCGCCUCCACCCAGGAGAAGAAGAGCUCCGUCCGCAAGCUGCUGCAGCAGAUCAGCCCGGCAGUGACGGGAACAGACUACAUAUACAUGAACAUGCCGGUGUAUGGGAACGGCACCAGCUUUGUAGAGUCCCUCUUCGAGACGUUUGACUGUGACCUGGCGGAUCUCAGAGAAGCAACAGAGGACACCAAGCAAGACCAGCAGUCGCUAAUCAACGAGACAGACGCUCCACAACAGAGCGCCGCGAGCCCCACAACUCCACGCCCGACGGCGGCUCCUCGCUCGGCUCCUCCUCUCUCGGCUCCCCCUCUUCUUUUGGCUCCUCCCUCGGCUCCUCCCCUUCCGACCACGCCUCCUCCAGAGGAUUACUACGAAGUGGCGCUGCCCCUCAGUCCCGGAGCCACGCCAGAGUACAUCGUCACCCGAGGCAGCUGCAGCCCUCCUAACUCCAUAGAGGACGGCUACGAGGACGCCGACAGCAACUACCCCCCAUCCUGUGUGACCCCGGGCCGCAAGAACUCCUACAACGACUCGGACCCGCUGAGCAGCUCCUAUGAGUCCUACGAGGAGGAGGAGGAGGACCGGGGGCCCGGGGCCCCGCCCCUCACCCACCAGUGGCCCUCAGACGAGAGCUCCAUGCCCCCCGCCCGGGACUGCCGCAUCUGCGCCUUCCUGCUGCGCAAGAAGCGCUUCGGCCAGUGGGCCAAACAGCUCACCGUCAUACGGGAGAACAGGCUGCAGUGCUACAAGAGCUCCAAGGACGUGGUCCCCUACGUGGACCUGCUGCUGCCCAUGUGCACCGUGGUCUACGCCCCCAAGGACAGCAAGCGCAAGAGGCACGAGCUGCGCUUCACCCUGCCCAACGGGGAAGGCCUGGUCCUGGCCGCGCAGAGCAAGGAGCAGGCCCACCGCUGGCUCCGGGUCGUGAGUGAGGUGAGCGGGCCUGGGGUCGGCGCAGAGGAGCCCUCGUCCCCCAUCAUCAAGAGGAAGGCAGAGCUCGACAAGAGGUUGUCCGCUGAGAAGAACACCUCUGAUUCCGACAGUGUUGGGUUCUCUACAGUGGACAGUCGAGACAAUGGUAAAGUAAAGCGUGGGCCGUUCGCUGCGGGCAGGAAGAUCACACGCAUCAUCAGCUUCUCAAAGAAAAAGCCCCCGCGACCAGGGGACCCCCAAACUUCUUUCACCAACCCUCGACAAGGCACGCUGCUGGUCCUGGUGAACCAGGCGUGGAGGGAGCAGUGGUGCUGCGUGUGCAGGGGCGCCCUGCACUUCUACCAGGACCGAGGGGACCCCCGGACCAGCCUGGCCCCCGUCCUGCUGCACGGCUGCGACGUGCUCCCGGGGCUGGGGCCCAAGCACCCCUUCGCCUUCCGCAUCCUGCGCUCCAGCACGGAGCUGGCGGCUCUGGAGGCGGGCAGCAGCGAGGAGCUCGGCAGGUGGCUCGGGGUCCUCCUGGCUGAGACGGGCUCGUCGGUGGACCCCGAGUCCCUGUACUACGACUACGUGGACCUGGACACCAUCGCCAACAUCCGCAACGCCGUGCGCCACUCCUUCCUGUGGGCCACUUCCUCCAGCAGCACUUCCACAGACUCCCGGACCUACGACGAGGUGCCCCUCGAGACGACGCAGCCGGAGUCCUCCGCCCGGCAGACGUCCUGUCAUCCGGCCAAGCGGUGCUCCAGCCUCCCUGGCAGCGAUCCAGGGCGGAGCAAGCCGCCCGUCUCCCUGAAGCGCACUGGCUCAAAUUCCAACCAGUACGGAAGGUAUGGGAAAACCAGGGCCGAGGAGGACGCCAAACGCUACCUCAGGGAGAAGGAGGAGAUGGAGGCGGAGAAGGAGGGGGUCCGCACCGCGCUGGUCGCCCUCCGUCAGGAGAGGAGGGACGUGAAGGAGGAGCUCAAGAUGGCCACCGAGAAGCAGAGGCCCUCUCUCUCGGAGCUCCUGUCCCAGCUGGAGGAGGCCUGCCGGGCCAAGGAGGCAGACCGGGUGGACCUGGAGCUGAGGCUGACCCAGGUGAAGGAGAACCUGAAGAAGAGCCAGGCGGGCGGGGCGCUCGGAGCCCCCGUGGAGGGGAAACUUCCAGCCAAGGCGGGCAACAGUAAAAUCCAGAAUAUCUACAGUGAGGCUUUGCCCGUCAACUGUGCCACAGAGAUGCGCAAAAGACCCCCGUCUGUCUACGCCUCCACUAAAGGAACUGUCAUGCAGAAGGCCAAGGAAUGGGAAUCCAAGAAAGCAACCUAAGGCGGAAUCAAGUGGAACGUAAACGCUAUCAAGGUUCAUGUUCCUGCCUGAAGAAGAUUAAAAAAAACAUUAGGAGUGGAUCGAUGGGCAGGAAAACGCUACGGUAUCAACCAGGCCAGAUGCCGGCCUUCCAAGAUAUCAUCCUUUACACUGCAGCCUUUCUUUACACAUGAUAAGGGGGACAAGGGGGAGAUGGGAAAAAAGCAGAAAGAGGGCAUGUGCAAGUUCACUGACUGUGCAGAGCACAGCAGAGCAGGAGAGACGAGGAGACUGUGAGGCCAGAAUCACUGGUGAGAUUGGACGAUGUAAGAGAGGUACAAGAGUCCAUGUGUUUGGUUUUUGUGUUUGAUAUCCAAUGCACAGAGGAGAGGCCAAAUCGUUGUUCGUGUGCAAGUGAUAAUGUGAAUCUCAUCCCGCCACACUGCAUUUUUAUAUCAUGAGGUAGACUACUUUGUCUGUGGUGUAUAUGUUGUAUAGGGUAAGGAAAAGGGGUGUUUUGAUUUCUCUCGGAUGGAAAUGUCAGUGUAGAUACAAAUAAUUGUUAACUACUAACUUACAAUAGCCAUUCAAAGAAAGCCAAGGGUCACCCCAAAGACUACAAUUAACUCACUUCUUCUCUUAAACAUGUUGACUUAUUGCACUUUACCAUUUUCCUUCUCUGGAUACAAGGAAAAAACAACUUAAUUUCAUAUAUCUCUUACCGUUUUGUCUUUAAGCCUAAAGAAAUAUGUUAUGUUAAUUGCUGGUGCACAAUCAUCGGCAGUGAACCUGUUAUGAUGUCUGUGCCUUUUGUGGAAUCAUUAAAAAUGCAAUAGCACAUUUAAAUUAUCUUUAUUCCAUUUACUCUCACAUGGCUUGAAUAAUGAAAUAGAAACGAUAAAGUAAACUAAAUGUAAUGAAAUGAUAAAUAUGCUUUUUGAGAAUUAUAUAAGCAAGUUCAUUUGAGGUAAUAUAAUGCAGUUUAAACAAGUGGAGACAUUCUUUUUCAUUUGGAUUCAAGUCCUUUGUUCGCUGUGUGAAUGCAGACAUGCCGUAAGACCAGCGCACCUUGAGUGUGUGAGCCUUCAUGCCAUGAACAACGAAUGAACUUAAAAUAUGUGAAAAAUAGAAAAUAAUUGGCAAAUUCCCGAUAGGCCAAACUUUGCUACCAUCACAUAUGUACAGACGAGACGGAUAAAUAACUAAAAAGUAAUCUCAAAGCAGAUCUGUAUAUGAUGGAGAAAGUGAGUCUUAAACCGGUUAUGAACGACAGAGCUUCCUUGUUUUCCUGGCUCACGCCUCCAGCCCCGACCCCGACGGGAGGAAGAGGAAGAACGCUGACCUUCGCUCUCAGAGGCAGAGGUAGUAAAGCCAGUACAGCACGUUGACGAACAGGAAAGCCAGGGGGAAAACCGAGCGCGAGUGGCGGUCGAUAUUGUGCGGGUUCUCCACGCUGAAGACGUGCGCCACCGUGCGCGAGGCCUGCCUCACUGACGACAUGCAGCGGCCGUCCACGCAACCGCCUGGCCUCCUGACCUUUAACCCUGUUUGGUGGGAGGCGACGUCAGGGCUCUUUGCUUUAGGAUGGCGAGUUCGCCCCCCGUCCUCCCUCUCGUCUUCCUCAUCAGCGCAUGAGGCGAUCUCCACCGGCUGUUGGGGUUGGAUGCAGCGUGCCGGGAGGAUGGAUCCGCUUCCGUUCGAUUCUCUAAAGUCUCUCAGGAGAUCCUGACGGACAGAGGGACAGGGAGAGAGAGGUGCUGAGAUGAUAAGUGGGAUGCUAGCACUGUCAACCACGCAAUUCCAAGCAUUAAGCUUAGGCUUAAUGGAAUUAAAUAUUCCAUUAAGGCGAUUAGCUAAAACAUAAGCUAAGAAAAUCGGUAAAUAUUGACUCCGAGUUUGUACUGAACGACCACCUUUCGUCACUCGUUUUGGUACGGUGGGCGACGUGGAGUGGCAGCCCGGCUCUGCGCUUUGGACUUACCCGUUGCAGUUCCUCCAGGGUCUGGUGCUGCAUGGUGCAGAAGUGGGCGCAGGCGUACUCCAGCAGGGCGCCGAAGAUGAAGGUGAAGCAGAUGCCCAGGUACACGUCGAUGGCCUUGAUGAAGCAGUUGGCGUUGGGGAGGGAGGUGCGAGCGCCCAUCAUCAGCGUGGUCAUGGUGAGGACGGUGGUCACGCCUGGAGACACAGACCGAUCGACGGUUCAUAGAGCGAUUAUUUCUGAUGGCACGCACACGUCGAUAGUGCGAUAGAGCUUUUGUUUGGUUUGGUUUGUUUCUUCAUGGUAAUUAAGACAUUGAUUGCUUUCUUAUGGUUGACCUGGAUCUAUUAACGCACACGGUACCACAAUACAUAAGCAGUACGAGAACGGGCGUAUCUAUACAGACCGAUGCAGGUCCUGGCCGGAACCGAGGACUGGCUGAUCCAGAAGGAUACCCAGGAGAGAACCACCAGCAGGGUGGAGGGAACGUAGGUCUCCAGGAUGAAGAACAAGACGUUCCUACGGAGAGCAAAGUGCAGGACC